UGCAUCAGCAUCCCUGUGUUUCGUGAAAAAAUUUCUUUUCGUGUUUCGUGAAAAUUUUCGUUCCUAUUUUUAACAAAAUUUUGCUAAAAGUGUAAAGCGAAGUGUCUAUUCAUUGAAAUAACAUUAUUUUUCUCGAAAGCGAGAGUUAAAUAGUGCAGUUAUUAUCGUGUUUUCUAGCACAGUCACAGAAGUACACAUACCAAUGGAAUAACACUGACUUCGGUUCGAGGAAGUUGUGACGACUUUGUUCAUAAUUGUUCUCCUCACACACCUCCCUUUCCACUUGAUGGUUUUUGCUUUUAGCAAAAAAGACUCCAAAUGUUGUGCUCCAAUACUGAAAUGCAAGUUUAAUGGGGCCUAGUGUUUAACUCUGGUUAACUCCACAUCCAGAAGUGCUGUGCUGUGUCACACGCACACACGAAUACGUUUUCAGGAGUUGUAGUGCAUCUGUUAACUCCUCUCCCAAUAGUAAUUUGUGGCAAAAUGAGUAGCGGCGGUACGUCGACUGGAUCUGGGUCCGGUGAGAAGGAAAAAGACUCCCAUUGGUACUUUAACUCCGAACAGCUUACGAACUCUCCGAGUCGUAGACAAGGAAUCGAUGCUGAUACGGAAUUAUCUUAUAGACAAAUGACUGCUUACCUUAUUCAAGAAAUGGGACAACGUCUACAGGUCUCUCAACUUUGCAUCAACACUGCCAUUGUGUAUAUGCAUCGCUUUUAUGCGUUCCAUUCUUUCACGCAUUUCCACCGCAAUAACAUUGCGGCAGCGAGUUUAUUCCUAGCUGCUAAGGUUGAAGAGCAGCCUCGAAAACUUGAACAUGUUAUCAAGGCUGCUAACAAGUGCCUUAGCCAGCCCACGUCUUCCACCACGGACGCUUAUUAUAUUGAACAGGCACAGGAGCUGGUCUUUAAUGAAAAUGUUCUAUUACAAACACUUGGAUUUGAUGUAGCAAUUGACCAUCCGCAUACGCAUGUCGUAAAGACAUGCCAUUUGGUCAAAGCUUGCAAGGAUUUAGCACAAACUUCCUACUUUCUGGCUUCUAACAGUCUUCAUCUGACGUCUAUGUGCCUGCAAUACAAACCGACAGUGGUAGCUUGUUUCUGUAUCUACUUAGCUUGCAAGUGGUCACGUUGGGAGAUUCCGCAAUCAACGGAAGGCAAACACUGGUUCCAUUAUGUCGAUAAAACUGUUACCAUGGAUUUACUGAAGCAAUUGACUGAUGAAUUUAUAGCCAUUUACGAGAAAAGUCCAUCCCGCCUGAAAUCCAAAUUAAACUCGAUAAAAGCCCUUGCUCAAAAUGCUAGCAAUCGUGUAAUUAAUAGUAAAGAUAAGAAAGAAGAGUGGAAAAUGGGUGAUAUGAUGAAAAUGUAUGCGCAUGACACACCUGGUAGUGGCGGCAGCUGUGGUGGUAAUAGCAAUCAGUCAUUUUCUACAAGUUCUCUUGGCGUGGAACAGUCACAUCAGCAGUCGCCCGCAUUGUUGCCGCCUCCUCCACCACAGACACAACUGUCACGAAAAAGCGAGUUGCAUUCCAGCCAACAUCGCUCACACCACAGUUCUUCAUCCCACCACUCGAAAAUCAAUUUUCCGUCAUCCGAUGUUCUUGACCAUAAAAGUAGUCACAAGCAACCACCGUUCUCUGGCGUUGUUAGCCGCCCACGUGAUCAUACGCAACCGUCUCAGGGACAUCAGCAACCUCUGAUUGCGGGCAAUUCAUCACGAUCAAGCCUUUCGACAUCUAGCGGGCGAUCAUUAAGUAGCAUACCUGGUCAAAAUCUACCGCGACAGACUUUACAAGGCCACCAACUGGAUGUUAACUAUCAUAAAUCUCGUGAAAAGAGUAAUCUUAUAAGUUCGUAUCCCCACACCGCACCAUCGCAACCUCAUUCUGGACACAAAGUCUCACAAAAGCAAGAAUCGAAUCGAGUUCUGCAGAAAGAGCAGACUACUGUCAAAAUGACCGAACCAGGCAAAAGCGGCAGCAGUACCAGUAGUAACAGUAAUAAACUAUUCCCACCUUCUUCUUCUAUGCCAACUAUGUCACAGUAUGGUAGUAACGCUCCACAGGCACAAAAUAAGUUGGAUAUGGGCCAAGAUUUGCCCCGUAACUUAAUGCAUGGUCAGCGUGGUUAUGGAAUUAAUAAUGGCUCUGGAAGUGUUCCAUUAUUGGGUAGUUAUCAAUCACAGCAUACACGCCAGAGUAGCAAUAGCAGCAAGCACGAUUUAUCAAAACCUGCUUCCGUCCAUCUUCAACAACAUGGAAAACAACCAUCAAUUCCACCUGAAUCAGCAUAUAGCACUGGCACUCACGAGUCUCAACCAGCUCCACAUACACAAACUCAUCCUGUCGCCAGUUAUUUGAACAUAAGGCCGCCAGAGGCUUCAAGCAACGAAGAUAACAAUACCACUCAGCUGCCGUCAGUGCAUGCGAUAUUACAACAGCCAACGAAUGCUAAUCAAUCGAAAACUUCUUUGUUUAGUCCCGAUUGGAGUGAGAAACUGCAGCCACAACAACCGCAACAAAUAAUUGGCGGAAAUAAUAAUUAUGUUAAUACUAAUGUUCCACCACCCACUGCGGGCGAUGCAUAUAAUUACAAAUUCCCAUUAAAUAAGGACGGAGAGCGAGAGAAAAACAUGGACGUCAGUGUUUCAUCCAUUAAAAAGGAACGGAAUCGAGGACCACAUGCGGGUAUGGAUUUAACUGGGUCAAUGAUAAUGGGUGUGCGACCGAACGCAUCUCAAUCCCAGUUCCACCAACAGUUGCAGCAACAGCAGCCAUUAAAGAUAAACAUGCCAAAGAAAGUGGAAUCCAACAUUAUGGGUGAUCUUACUGCUAUAAAUGCUGCUGUUAAACGUCCCAAUGAAGGUGCCUACAAACAGGAUGAGGAGCAAAGUAAAAUACGCAAACUUGAUACUCAAACUUCAUUGUCUUCUUAUAAUGACCUAAAAACAAGUGACACUAAUAAGCUACAUGUCGUAAAUGGAAUAGAAACGAAUCCUGAUCUGGUAAGGAGUUUAUUGAAAGAAAGCCUUUGCACUUCCAAUGCUCUCCUAAAAACGGAGCAAUUGGGAGCACCUAGUCUGCAACCACCAGCUGAACUUUUUGAACCAUCUGCGACAGCUGCUUCGACAAUGGCUGCUCCGAUUGCUGAGACUUCUUUAAAAUCUACAAGCUUAAGUAGUGGCACUGAACCUUCGUCUAUGGAAAUUAAUGAGUCAGGAAGCAGUAAGGCAGAAAAGAAAAAGAAAAAAGACAAGCAUAAACAUAAAGAGAAGGAUAAGGAUAAGUCGAAAGAUCGCGAAGAACGAAAGAAGCAUAAAAAGGAUAAAGACAAACAUAAGGAGCGGGAUCGGGGUGAAUUAGACAGCUCGGAGCAUGUAAAGAUUAAAAUAUCCAAAGAUAAAAUUGAAGGUAGUGCGGAAUCCUUAAAGAUAAAAAUACCGAAAGAUCGUAUAAUAAGCGAUGUGAACAGUAGUUCUGGCAACAUUAACCAUAAUGCAGAUGGUGGCGGUGCUAUCAUGCACCCUGCUCCAGCGUUGAAGAUCAAAAUUAGUAAGGAUAAAUUGGAAAACUAUGCGACCGACUCUGCAACACAUUCGUCUUCACAACAAGUGCAUGCGCUGGCGCAGCCGACAACAGGCUUUUACUCGUCUUUUGUGACACCAAAUAACGCGUCGGUAUCUACGUCGCAUAGUAAUAGUGGUAGUAGUAGUAGUGGUAAAAAGAAAGAUCGUGACCGUGACAAGGAUCGGGACAAGGAGAAAAAACGGGGUAGCAAUGAAAUUGUUAAGUCAAAUGGAAGUGGAUCAUUUCAUUCGACAUCAACAUUACAAGGCGGAGCGGGUGGGCCGCUGCUAACACAUUUGCCACCAACAACAAAUAUGACGUCAAAGAGCCAAAACCCCAACAAGAUGCAACUGCUAUCGAAUAAUAUGAACCAACUCUUCGGAGAGUCAAACGAUGACGAUGACGACUAUGACGAUACUAAGAGUGUUAAUCAUAAAAGUUAUAAGGACUGUAAGAAUAGAGUUCAUAACUCGGAUUCCUUCACAUCCACAUCUGCAUCCACCAACUCCGCGAGUUCUAUGCGUAAAGGCACUGAUUACGGGCCAAAAUAUUCGCAAUCGCAGCAAUAUAAUCAACGAUGAUGAACCAAAUCAUCAUAAAACAAUUGUUUUAAACGUGAUGUUACACACUUGGCAGGACUGGCUUGUUAACGCCGCAUAUAUGUUGACACCCAGCAGACUUUCACACACUUUACGUACAUUUUACUGCUGCAUACGUAUAA